AUUUAUCCCGGCUUCCCUGCCACGCUAGAAAAUAGGAAUGGUUCCAGAAGAAAGUUAAAAAAGCGAAGAAGAAGAAGAAUAUGCAAUCAGUGUUUGCUUCGAGUUGGAGCUUUUGCUCGUACCAACUCAGUCACUCUCCUCGCCGCAAAAUAUCCACAUCUUAUCUUCUCAAGCCAGUCUGUGCUCAGAGACAAGAAAGCACCACAAGCCCUACAACUUCAUGGCCUUCCGUUUCGUUUUCACUUUUUGGUUCUGGCUUCUUCCUCGGCCCCCUCUUCGACGGCCUCCAUUCUAGAGUCAAUCUUGUGGUAUACCGAUCAGGCUCCAUUGAUUUAGGCCCCCUCCACACCAACGUCUGGGUCCCCUUUUUGCUGGGUUCGUUUUAUUGCGUUCUUGGGUUGCUCCAGCUCUAUCUGGAUGAAAGGGUCUUUGACAACGUUCAAGACGCAAGUUUUCGAAAAACAAUCGCCUCUCUGAUAUUGGUAGCAUUCUUUAUUGAACUGAGUGCUGAAAUUUACAAAGCCGGGAUAGCAGACAAUAUUGAAGCCUACAUACUGUUCGCCGCGGCAGAAUUAUUAUGGCUUUUGUUGGACCGGACUUGGUCCGGUUUCACUCUUGCAUGCUUCGUUGGUCUUGCUUGCCCACUCGCUGAGAUUCCCCUAAUGAAACUUCUCCACCUUUGGUACUAUCCACAAGCCAAUAUCGAAAUCUUUGGCCAGGGACUAGUUACAUGGACGGCCACUUGCUACUUCGUGUAUACGUUUCUCCUAAUCAAUUUAUCACGAUGGUUCAGAACAGUCUUUACUGCCAAAACAGACAAGUCAGCCUAGAAUAGAUGUGUUGUAUCUUGGGGCUGGGGGCCAGCCAAACUGGGAGAAAGAACAGCAAACAAACAUUAAGAUUAUCAAGAGAUUAGGCCAGCGUUAUAUUGGACUAUAAUAACAUGCAUUUUUUGUUUUUGGGCAAGUUGACGAAUACAGUAUUUCCCGAUCAUGGUAAGGCCUUAACUUCUGAACUCAAUGUCUCCCUAGCUGAAUCAGCUAGCGUUAUGUAUAAGAGGAUUAAAAAAACAGCCCAGACUAACAAUGUAUGCUCCGAAAGCUUUUAAUAAUUUUACGUGCUUUAUGCUGCUA